GGAGAAAGGGCGAGCGCCCAGGCUGCAGAGCCCAGCGCGGCAUUUUCAGGGCAUCUGUGAGUAGCGUCUGGGGCACAUGACCCGGCUUAACUGCAAAUCUUAACAUUUAUUUCAGGAACCAGCUUCCUAAGAGCAAAAGUAAAAAUGAAAAAAAAAUUCAAACUUUACAGCUUCAAGCCCCACAAUUCCGCGGGCUUGGUUCUUAGCAACCGCAGGGAGGAAGCGAAAGCAACCUCCGCCCCGCCCCGCCACCAGGCUUGCGGGUAUCCCCAGGCUUGCGGGCGUCCGUGGGCCCCGCAGCCGUGAGGUCGUGGGUGGGCACCAGCAAAUCCUUUCAGUUCCGGAACCCGCGCACACUGCGGAGCCUGAGUCACCAACUGCCACCCCGGGCCGGAAGUCACCGCCACCACUCACCGCUGGAGAAAGGUUUCCUGUGAGCGCGCACGGACUACGAUUCCCGGCAUGCUCUGCGGCCGCCGCAGUUAACCCCUCAGGGCCCAGAGCAGCCCUGCGACUCGCCCCCGCCCCUUCCUAGCACCCGGCGAGAGAUGGGUGCCCCAUCGGCACACUGUCCUUUGGCCACCUGACAUCAUGCCUCCCAAGAAGGAUGUUCCUGUGAAGAAACCAGCAGGGCCCCCCAUCUCUAAGCCUGCUGCCAAGUCUGCAGCAGGGACCCCUCAAGCCAAGACCAAGGCUGAGCCAGCUGCCCCCCAGACCCCUGCAAAAACCCAGGAGCCUCCUGUUGAUCUCUCCAAAGUCGUGAUCGAGUUUAACAAGGACCAGCUGGAGGAGUUCAAGGAGGCCUUUGAGCUGUUUGACCGAACAGGUGAUGGCAAGAUCCUGUACAGCCAAUGUGGGGACCUGAUGAGGGCCCUGGGCCAGAACCCUACCAACGCCGAGGUGCUCAAGGUCCUGGGGAACCCCAAGAGCGAUGAGCUGAAGUCCCGACGCGUGGACUUUGAGACGUUCCUGCCUAUGCUCCAAGCAGUGGCCAAGAACCGGGACCAAGGCACAUAUGAGGACUACCUGGAGGGGCUCCGUGUGUUUGACAAAGAGGGCAAUGGCAAAGUCAUGGGAGCAGAGCUCAGACAUGUUCUUACCACCCUGGGAGAGAAGAUGACAGAGGAAGAGGUGGAGACUGUCCUAGCAGGCCACGAGGACAGCAACGGCUGUAUCAACUAUGAGGCCUUCCUGAAGCACAUCCUAAGCCUCUGAGCUCCCCAGAGUCCUCCCCGGCUAGUGUCGUCCUGAGGCUCCUAGACCAACCAGACAGAAGAGCAGGCAGUGAUUUUUCCCGAUCUGUGCAGCUCAAGCGCCAGGGCCGGACAACUUUCUUUUCCCGACACAGACCCAGCCGGGACGGAUACUUACCCCACCCCCCAGGCGGCUAGGAGCGCAUUCCUGCCACUAGGCGGCACUUACAGUUUUGAAAUAAAAACAUGGUUCCUGC